AUGGGAACAAAGUUUAGAGCACCAGUUAUUUUCCUUUUUCUUUCAUGCAUCCUUCUUCAACUGGUGUUUUCUGAAUCCAACGAUGGAUUCGUAAGAAUUGGACUGAAAAAGUUUAAAUUAGAAGAAAACAACAGAAUCCCUGCUCGACUUAACCCGCAAAUACUGGAUUCUCAAAGCAUUGUAAAGCUAACGAAUUUCAUGGACAAGCAGUACUAUGGUGAGAUUUCAAUCGGUACACCGCCACAGAAAUUCAAAGUGCUGUUUGAUACAGGAAGCACUGAUCUGUGGAUACCUUCCUCAAGAAGGUGCUACUUAUCUCGUUGGUGUUUCUAUCCCCGUCGUUCAAGAACAUCUAAAAAGAACAUAUAUGAUGCUCGCCGUUCAAGAACGUAUAAAAAGAACGGAACAUCUACUGAGAUACAAUAUGGUUCAGGUUCAAUUACUGGUCAUUUUAGCCUAGACAAUGUUUUAGUUGGUGGUUUAACAAUCAAGAAUCAGGACUUUAUUGAAGCAACAACACAGUCCGGUUUUGUGUUUGCCAAGUUUGAUGGCAUUCUUGGCCUUGGAUUUCCAGAGCUAUCAGUUGAAGGUGUUGUUCCAGUAUGGUACAACAUGAUGAACCAGGGUCUGAUUCGAAAUCCAGUGUUCUCAUUUUGGCUUAAUAGAAACACAAAAGAAGAAGAAGGAGGUGAACUUGUGUUUGGUGCAAUUGAUUCAAGGCAUUACAUAGGGAACCAUACUUAUGUCCCUGUGACCCACAAGGUUUAUUGGCAGUUUGAUAUGAGUAGUAUUUCAAUCAAUGGUCAAUUAAUAGGUAUUUGCAGAUCUGGUUGCUCUGCAAUUGCGGAUUCUGGAACUUCUUUGUUGUCAGGUCCAACGGCUAUGAUUACCAUGAUAAACCAUGAAAUUGGAGUCACUGGAGUAGUAAGUCAUGAAUGCAGGUCAAUUGUUGAAGAGUAUGGACAUACCAUUCUAAAAAUGCUCCAAGGAGAGGUUAAGAAAAUUUGUUCUCUAAUUGGAUUAUGCCCAAUUAAUGGAACUAAGAAUAUCGAGAAAAGUAAUAAUAGAAGAACAUCAGAUGUUUUUGCUUUCGGUAUGUGCAAUACUUGUGAAAUGAUAGUUGUGUGGAUGGAGAGUCAGCUAGUGAGGCAUCAAACUAAAAAUGAUAUUUUAAACUAUGUUAAUACGCUAUGUGAUUCACUGCCAAGACCAUUUCAAACAUCAGUGGUGAAUUGUUCGCAAAUUUCCUCCAUGCCUACAGUUUCGUUUUUAAUUGGUGGUAGAAAUUUUACUCUCUCGUCCAAGGAGUAUAUAAGCAAAAUUGGAGAAGGUUAUGCGAAAAAAUGCAUAAGUGGCUUUAUUUCCAUAGAUGUUCCUCCUCCUUACGGACCAUUCUGGAUUUUUGGGGACACAUUCAUGAUUCGUUACCACACAGUAUUUGACUAUGGAAGAUCCAGGGUUGGAUUUGCAGAUGCAAGAUAA